AUGUCCGAUGUGGACUGGGUGAACGCGCCCGUCGCUGUCGAGAUCCGCGCGACGAACGCGGCCGGCCAGAAGCCACAGCUAUACAAGUCUUCGUCGGCCGCCAAGGACCCCCGGCCGGGUAUGGCGCGCGAGUGUACCGGUCAGGACUCGGGAGGCCCGCUCCAGAUCGCCGCGCGCUGGUGCCAAGGUGCCCCGCUCUCGCAAGCCGAGAGCGAGAGGGGUUCGUGCAGACGCGCUCUGGAAGGGGCGGGCGAUCUGAUAGAGACGCUUGUGGUCGCUACGGACGACGGUCUGAGCCGCGCGCGAGAAGAGCGCGGCGGCGUUCGAUCCGGGCGCAGGACGGGUGCGCCGGAGAGCGUGACGUGGAGGUAUCGCCGUGCGAACAGCAGUGCCUCGUGCUACAGCCAGCGCAUUCCACGUCCUAUUCAUGCGGAGCAGGGCAGGCUGUCGGCAUGCAUUCCUGGCCCAGGCGGUGCUGGUCAAUGGAUCCCGGAACCGCAGUCGAGGCCGGACGUGUUCUCUCGGGUGCAGGCAUCCAAUGCCUAG